ACGUAGCCACACCUCUGGAGAAAGUUUCCAUGGCCGGCUGUUUAGUGAACAUGUUGAUAGUUUUUUUGGGUUUUUUGCUGCUUGUGGAGGCGUACGAUCCGACGGAUCCGGAAGUUAGUUCCGUUUUGCCCCCGAAGGGGACGUUCGAGGCAUUCUAUCCAAGGGGAGAGGAAGGGGGAAGCUCAAGGGCGGCACAUUCGCACGGGAGUUUCUACAAGUUCAGGAAUCCGGCGCUCGUUGAUGCCAAAAAUGCAGCGGCGUACGGGUUCAGGUUCGAUGGGGGCAGGAGGUUUAAUUACGACUAAAGCAGCGGUCAUUUUUUGUAUAUAUUCUGUAUAAAGUUGGUUAAUAAACUUAUGUAAUGCAAA